UUACCUUGGAGACUGAUACCACGUGAUAUCAUGUAGGACGCCUUCUUUGAAAACUUGAUUAAGAAAACCCCUCUAUUGAGUUCACUACACCCUGCAACCAUUGUUCUCUUACCUUUCUCUGCAAAUCCGUUCACUUUUCUGUUGUUGUUGAGAUCAUAUCAUGGCUGGUGCACUUGUUGGUGGAGCUUUUCUUUCUGGCUUCAUUAACGUUGUCUUUGACCGUUUCCUUACAAUGGAUGCUAUCAACUUGGUCUUGGGCAAGAAACUUGGCUCUGACUUGGUUCAAAGGCUGAAGACUGCUCUGUUGGGUGCUGAAGCUCUUGUUGCUGAUGCUGAGAUGAAGCAGUUUGGUAAUCCAUCUGUGAGGAAGUGGCUUGAUAGUCUCCGGGACGCUGUUUACUGUGCUGAGGACUUGCUCGACACUGUCCUCACCAAAGCCGUCACUCAAAAGGAGGAAAGUUCUUCCUGGUCCCUUAGCUUCUUCAUCAACCGAGAUAGAGAUGACAUGGUAGACAAGAUAGAAGGGGUAGUUAGAGGAAUUGAAGAUCUUGGAAAACAAAAAGAUUUCCUUGGUCUUGAAAAGAUUCCCACUGGUAGCUCAUCAUGGAGGACUCCAUCCAGUUCUCUCGUAAAAGGGAGUGUGUAUGGCAGGGAGGAUGACAAGAAGGCCUUAAUCAAGAUGCUGAAUGACAACAAUGAUCAUCACUUGUUUGUGUUUGCUAUUGUUGGCAUAGGUGGGAUUGGUAAAACAACUUUAGCCCAAUGGCUGUACAACAAUGCAGAGUUGAUGGAGGGAUUUGAUCUGAAAGCAUGGGUUUGCGUUUCGGAGAAGUUUGAAGUUGUUGAGACUACAAGGAAUGUCAUAAAGCAGAUCCAUGGAGGUACUUGUAGUCUCGAUGAUUUCAAUUCCCUUCACAAUGCUUUGAAAGAAGAAUUGUCCAAUAAGAAGUUCUUUAUUGUUCUUGAUGAUGUUUGGAGUGAUGAUGGUGACAAAUGGAGUAAUUUUAUGACCCCUUUUCAACAAAAUGGGAGAAAGGGAAGUAUUGUUCUUCUGACUACUCGGGAGGAAAAUGUUGCUUCCGCAGUUCAAAAUUGUCAGCCUUAUUUUCUCAGGAAGUUGUCGGAGGAUUAUUGUUGGUCAGUGUUUGCAGAAAAUGCAUCUUUUCCACAGUCAAAUGGGAGAGCAGCACUCGAAGAAAUAGGCAGAAAGAUUGUCAAAAAGUGUGAUGGCUUGCCAUUAGCUGCAGAAACACUUGGUCGCUUGUUACGUACUAAUCAUGAUGUUGAGGAAUGGAACAAGAUACUAAUGAGUGAUAUUUGGGAAUUUUCGGUGGAGAAGAGUAAGAUUAUUCCAGCAUUACUGAUAAGUUACUUCCAUCUUUCUCCAUAUUUAAAGCGUUGUUUUGUUUAUUGUGCUUUGUUUCCCAAGGAUUUUGAAUUUGUGAAACAUGAAUUAAUAUUUUUGUGGAUGAUAGAGGAUCUUUUACCAUCACCAAAGAGAGGAGAAAGUUUAGAAGAAGUUGGUUGUGAGUGUUUUGAUGAACUAACUUCCAGAUUAUUUUUCACCAAGAGUGAAGGCUUUGAUGAUUAUUUUGUGAUGCAUGAUCUCUUGCAUGACUUAGCAAUAUUCCUUGCUGGAGAUUUCUAUUGCAACUCAGAAGAACUUGGUAAAGAGGAGGAGAUAAAGAUUCAGACUCGGCAUUUGUUUGUAGAUCUAAGUCAUUGUAGCUCAAAACUUUAUAAUUCUAUUUCUAAAGUAGAAUCUUUGAGAACGUUAUUAUUGUUUGGCAAUUUCUCGUCUCCCAACUGCAACAUUGAAGGGGCAACAUGUGAGAUAUUAUCAAAGUGUAAAUACUUGAGAGUUUUAUCCUUUAGAAAACUUGAUGAGGUGCGUAAUUUAAUAGGAAAAUUGAUCCAUCUGCGCUACUUAAAUCUCUCUUGGACUGAUGAUAUUAAGACCUUGCCAGAGUCUUUGUGUAACUUGUGUAAUUUGCAAAUAUUGAAGUUAUAUCAAUGUUCUGAGCUAACUACGCUGCCUAGUGGUUUGCAUAACCUUGUGAAUCUGCGGCAUCUUGAUAUUAGAGGAACUUCUUUGAAAGAAAUGCCCAGAAAAAUGAGCAAAUUGAAUCAGUUGCACGUUUUAAGUUCCUUUGUCGUUGGCAAGCACAAAGACAAUGGAGUUCAGGAGUUAGGAGGGAUGGUAAAUCUUCAUGGAUCCGUUGAGAUUAAGAAGUUGGAGAAUAUUGUUGAUGUGGAAGAGGCAAAGAGGGCAAAGAUAAUGGAUAAGAAGCACAUUGAUGAAUUAUGUUUGAAAUGGUCUUCAGGUGAUGAUUUGGUUUCAAGUACACAAAAAGAAAGAGACAUCCUCGAUAACUUGCAGCCGCAGAAUGGGUUGAAAGAGUUGAAAAUCAAGGGAUACAAGGGUACAAUAUUUCCAGAUUGGUUGGGGAACUGUUCCUACGAAAACAUGACACGUGUAUCUCUAAAGUCUUGCAACAAUUGCUGCAUGCUGCCUUCACUUGGACAGCUGCCAUCUCUUAAGUCCCUGCGCAUUGAAGGUUUCGAUCAGCUGAGGAGUAUUGGCGAGGAGUUUUACAAGAAUGGAGGAGAUCAUCAUUCUUCGCAUAUUGCACCGUUCCCCUCACUGGAGACUUUGGUAUUUCAUAACAUGGCAUGUUGGGAGGUGUGGCACGUAUCUGAGUCGGAAAGAUUUCCUCAACUUAGGAAGCUUGAAAUAAGAAAUUGCCCAAUGUUGAAGGAAGAGAUGCUUAAUCAGGUAUUCUUCAGAAUAGUUUCUUCUUUGUCGGAUGUUUCCAAAGUUCGCAAACUACGUAUAGGCGAUCUCUUUAUAAACCGGCAAACCGAGGCCAUGUUUCUUAAUGGGGGUACUUUAUCAAUUAGCGGAUGUGAAUCUGUGAUGGAGUCUGCAUUGAAGGCAAUGAUCAGCAUCAACCAUCUACGUUGCCUCCAAGAAAUACACAUCUUGUGCUGUAGAAAACUAGAAUUACCCCAGCUACGACAGCACAAGUAUGAUUUGGUAGAGCUAGUAAUACAUGACAGCUGUGAUUCACUGACCUCCUUGUCGUUGGAUGUCUUUCCCAAUCUCAAGAAUCUCCAUGUAAAACGGUGUAGGAAUCUGGAAUCAGUGUUAAUGUCAGAGGCACCACACGCUGCUCUUCAACGUCUCUCCAUCGGUUUCUGCGACAAAUUAGUGUCAUUUGCAGGAGAAGGACUGGCUGCACCCAACUUGACUCAUCUUGAAGUCACGUGGUGCUCAAAGUUGGAGGCAUUACCAUGUGACAUGAAGAGUCUACUCCCAAGUCUACAGUCUCUCAACAUACAACGCUGCCCAAACAUUUGCAGGUUGGCAGAGGGUGGUUUGCCGCCUAACUUGAAAUCACUUGAAGUGGGAAUUUGCGAGGAACAAAUGAGGGAUCUAUCAUGGAUGACCAACUUGCACGCCCUCACUCAUCUUACAAUUUCAGGUUAUGGGUGUAAGAACAUAAAGUCAUACCCAGAGGUGGGUUCGCUGCCUUACCUUCCCUCCCUUACUACUCUCAAGAUAUGCUUCUUCGAUAAUCUGGAGACAUUGGAGUGCAACGAGCUUCUCCGCCUCACCUCUCUCCAACAACUACACAUUGAUUGGUGUCCCAAGCUGGAGAAUAUGGAAGGAGAAAAGCUGCCUCCCUCUCUCUUACUACUUCAACUUAGAUGGUGCGGUUUGCUGGGAGAACAAUGCAAGAACAAGCAUCAACUAAUCUGGCCCAAAAUUUCCAACAUCCCAGGCUGUGUUUAUUUUUAGAGAUCCAAAAUGUAUAGUAACUAAAGAAAAUCAGCCAAAAACAGCCAUAACCUUAUUUAGUAUUCAUUAAUUGUUGUGACAAUUAAUUAAUGCUAAAUAAGGCAAAUUUUUGCUGUUUUUUUUUUGUUUACCUAGUAUUACCCUUUAGAGAUAAGACACU